CACAGGAAGUGUGGGUGGUCCGUUGCGUCCUUUGCGUCCUGAUAGAGGAGCCAGCGCCAGAGUCGCCUCCCAGAACUGCCAGGAAAUUCUUUGUGCUGGCUUGUUCUUCUGCUCGUUUUUGCACUUUCCUCGCCCGGCGCAAGGCCCCUAUGGUGUUCCAAGAUCCCACCUAACCACCUGCACCCUGUACAGCUGCAGCCAACUUUCUCUCCUUCCCCCCCCAAAAGAGCCACCAGAGCCCACCAACCAUCCUGGAACCUAUUGUCCGUCACCACUUCUCGAUCUUCUUCUCCGACACCACACUGACACACUGACACACUGACACACUGACACCGACACACACGCAGACUCUCAUCUUCCUUCCAUCCUGCACUCGCUGACACUCGCAUUCCGUUCGAUCGCUGCAAUACAAUCCCAUCCCCUUGGGGCUCUUCUCCAUAUCGCCCUCGACCCUCCGAGAUCUGGGCAUCCUAGACUCAUCGCGGCCGAAUAGCCGAAACCCAGCAUUCUGCAUCCUCCAACCUCGAGCAGCCUCCACCCAAGUUUGUCUGUGCCACUUGACCAGCAUUCUGCCACCAGCACAUUCCAUUCCAAUCAUCAUUAUCUGACGGCGGUACACACAUACCUUUCAUCCGCAUAUUGUGCUCUUGCCGCAUUCGAGCACCUUUCGAAACUUUCAAGGCGCAUCUUGAGCGAUGCUGCGGUGAUUCGGCAUUGUGCAGUCGAUUGCAUCACCCACACUUGAGAGCCGUCCACGUCCUUGUGGCUCUUAUCGAACGUAUAUCCUUGGGAAAACAUAUCACUCCAAAGAGGAAGAAUCGAACCUGUGAAUCAAGAUGGACGGCCAGGGUGGGUCGGCAAACAACUCGAGCGACUUUGUGCGCAAGCUGUAUAAAAUGCUGGAAGACCCUUCGUACUCUUCGGUGGUCCGUUGGGGCGAUGAUGGAGACAGUUUUGUGGUCUUGGAGAACGAAAAGUUCACCAAAUCCAUUCUUCCCAAACACUUCAAACACUCGAACUUUGCCAGUUUCGUCAGGCAAUUGAACAAAUACGAUUUUCACAAAGUGCGACAGAACAAUGAGGACGGUGGAGCAUCCAUGUAUGGCGCCAACGCCUGGGAAUUCAAACAUCCAGAUUUCCGCCAGCACAACAAGGAAAGUCUGGACAACAUCAGACGAAAGGCCCCUGCACCUCGAAAGCCGUCGAGCCUUAACGAUGAACAGAUCCCCAUUCAACAAAUAGACCUGAUGAACCAACAGAUUGUCGCACAGGCACAGCAAAUAGAGUCUCUGGUGACGUGUAACACCCAACUUCAGUCCCAAUAUCAGAUGGUGACGAUGGAAGUCGUCCGACUCCAAAAGACCGUCGUCAACCAUGAAAAAGUCAUGCAGGAUGUCAUGGUAUUCCUGCAGGGCGUCGAUGCGAAGCAACGAAGGGACAGCAAGCAGUUGUUUGCUGCGCCAUCGGAUUCUGCCCAAACAGGCACAACCUUGACUCCCACCAGCCAGAGUAUGCCUCCCCAGGACGAAGACACCCCAGCGUCACCCUUACAACAUGCUGCGAAGCUCUUGAACGAUAUCAAUGCCGAUGGGCAAUUCAACAUGGCAGCGCUCGAACAAAUGAACUCAAACAUCCACACCCCGCCGAUAGGACAAGACCCUCGAACUGGCCAGUUCCGUGGGCCUAAUUCUGCCCCUUCAAGCGGCAGCAUGGGAUUCUCGAAGAUCAACCCAGCCGAAUUAGAGACGGUGGUAUACCCAAUGGGAUCGACCAAUGGAAUCGAUCCUAUGUCCAGCGAAUACAUUCAUAAUAUCCCUUACCCAUUGCCACCACGAGAUGGUUCAGAUCCGCGGACACAGUUUGCCGACACGCGGAAGAAGAGCGGACUUUCAGAUCCUGGUUGGAGUCGGCCACCGCGAAUCCUCCUGGUCGAAGACGAUCCGACUUGUCGACAGAUUGGCGGCAAGUUCUUGCACUCAUUCUCAUGCGUCGUUGAUUCGGCACUUGAUGGACUGGAGGCCGUCAACAAGAUGCAGGAAGGAACGAAAUACGACAUGAUCUUGAUGGACAUCAUCAUGCCCAAUUUGGACGGUGUUUCCGCCUGUCAUAUCAUCCGACAGUUCGACCGAACCCCGAUCAUCGCCAUGACGUCUAACAUUCGGUCGGACGACAUUCAGAUGUACUUCCAUCACGGCAUGGACGAUGUUUUGCCCAAGCCGUUCACGCGGAAAUCACUGCUUGAUAUGUUGGAGAAACACCUGAUGCAUCUGAAGAUGAUGCCCCAGGGGAUGGAGCAGCAGCCCAUGUCGGCGACCACCGCACCAUCCGGGGCAGCAUCGUCAACCGCCCAUUCCGUCCGGGAUGAUUUGUCGGCAGGAGCUUCUCCGGCGGGAUCAAGCGGCACAUGGAAUUCUCCCAGCCAGUACUCGGGAGUGUCACCAGUAAAUCCCAAUAUGCAUUACGCCGGCAUGGCACAACAGCAGCACUACGUGGAUGCGAAUGGAAACCCGACAUCCUUUCAAGCCGGACCUCAGACACCCGUGGGGCUGCGAGGCGCUGGUAUGAUAGGGCAGCAGCAGCAGACACACAGAAGAGGUCAGUCGGAGAUGGGUGGAGGAUCUGAUAUGGGAAACUCGAAUAAACGCCAACGCAUAUAUCCGCCGCAACACCAAACGAUGGCGGCCCCCAUGCGGCAAUGACUCUAGCGAAAUGCUUUGAAGAGGCGGACCACAGCAAGGGAUAUAUGCAUAAUCUUUCAUGCACACGGCAUGCUUUGAGGAAGAAUCGCCCUCAUCUGGGAAGUCAUCUUCAAUCGUUAGACAUGCCAUUCCACUAACGGCACGACCUCACCUCCCCGACCUUGGAGCCUCGACAGCCCCGCAGGAUGACGGCCUAUCAUUGAGCGGCAGUAUCAACCGAGUAGAAAGGAGCCCAUCAGCUUCCUGCAGGGGGACACAGCGACCCAUAUCACGACUUGACGAGAGAUAUAAGGGUGGGGAAAAGCCACGGGCAAGGUUUUGUUUUAUGAUACCUCUUCACGAUGGAUUUCUGGAUUUUGAGAAGGCCGCCGCACCUUUAGUGUUGCGUUUUGACCGAGAGGAAGCUAAUACGCUUCGAUUUUGUCAUGGUCUGUACGGCUGGUACCCUGCGGCUGAUUAUCUGUGUGACGAUUGUCCUGGUCUCCCGACUCGCGCCUUCAGGGAGAUAUGGAAUAUAAAUCCCAUGGCUCGAAUGUAGUCAAAGUGGUGUUUUGGUGUACAGAAGAAUCUAAAAUCUAGUAUGUUGUAAUAUUUGGGGUGCAAAAUCC